UUGCAUUAAGAUAUCGAACGCGCGCGCAGCCCCACGGAGGCUCUGAUUUGUUCUUGCUCUGUGUCACAGUGAAGUCUGUGUUUUCAUUUGGAUUAAAAGGAUGAACGGCGCGAGUGCGAACACCAACAUGUCGAUCGUAGAUUCUUACCGAAGGUUCAUGGAGAGGAACAGUGAUCCUCGUACAGAAAACUGGUGGUUGAUGUCGGGUCCAGGGCCUCUCAUCACGUUGCUAGCGACAUACUUGUACUUCUGUACAUCCGUGGGCCCUCGGUACAUGCGAGAUAGGAAACCGUAUUCAUUGAAGAACACAAUUGUUGUGUACAAUGUGUCGCAGAUUUUGAUGAGCAUCUUCUUGGUGUAUGAGGGUUUAGUAUCGGGUUGGUGGAAUGACUAUAAUUUCUCAUGUCAGCCCGUCGAUUAUUCAGACAGCCCGAAAGCAAGAAGGAUGGCAGCUGCAGUCUGGUGGUACUUCUUUGCGAAAAUAAUCGAAUUACUGGACACGAUAUUCUUUGUUUUGAGGAAGAAAAAUAGACAGAUAUCGUUCCUCCAUCUUUACCAUCACACUAUGAUGCCUAUUUGCGCUUGGAUUGGUACUAAAUUCUUGGCAGGUGGUCACGGAACGUUGCUGGGUGUGAUAAACUCCUUUAUCCACAUCAUCAUGUACUCAUACUAUCUGAUUUCUGGUCUUGGCCCACAAUACCAGAAAUUCCUUUGGUGGAAGAGACAUGUCACCACCUUGCAACUGAUCCAAUUCUGCAUUAUCUUCUACCACAACUUCAGUGUCAUGUUCUGUGACUGCAACUACCCCAAAUUCAUCAACUUUUUACUGUCUCUCAACGCUGGAAUAUUCCUCUAUAUGUUUGGCAGUUUCUAUUACAGAAAUUACGUAAAAUCUGACGAAAGAAACUAUAAACCUAUUACAAAUGCAAAUGGUUUUUCAAAUGGUGUUUCAAAUGGAGUAUCAAAUGGAGUGUCAAAUGGAGUAUCAAAAGGACUGUCAAAUGUAGUGUCAAAUGGAGUAUCAAAUGGAGUGUCAAAUGCUAUUUCAAAUGUAGUUUCAAAUGGUCUUUCAAAUGGAGUUGUUAGUGGAAAAUUGAAAGAGUCUUAGUUAUAAUUGCUCAAUUAUUUUAAGAAUAUUGUUAUGUGAUUUAGUUUAAUUAUAAAUAUAGAUUUUAAUGUAAGACUUAAACAAUUGACAAUGACAUUUACCGACACCACUUCAUACUGUACCACCGCAUUUUCCAAGUAGUAUCAGAGUUGCAAGAAUGUCUAGUGUUUAAAAUGAUAUAAUUCAUUAAAUUAAAGAAGAAGUAGAACAUUACUAUUUAAAUAUUAUGAAUUUAGAAGCAUGACACAAAAUAGUAACACCUAGGUACUUUUUAUGUGAAACAUCAAGAUGUGAAGUAUUGUGUCUUCAUAGCUUAUAGCCUUGCUUAUAGCUAAUCGUUAAAGAAUAUAGAGACAGUGAUUAUGUAUCAAAACUUAUUUACUCGUAAACUAUCUAUUGGAAAAUUUAAAGGUGUAUUCUCAGUAGUUUCAUGA